AUUGAUGCAAUUACAGUUGGGUCGGGAAAAUAGUUACAAAGAAUCAGGAUCUAUGAAAUUCACUAGGUCAAAUCUUGACACUGAAACUAGUGCCGAUGAAGUGAAGCCGCUCAGGAAUAUGUCAGAGGAAAGUGAAUUAUCACGUUCCGUAAUGGUGUCCACAUCGUCGGAGCAUGAGGAUGAAAACGGUUUGCAGAAAAAGAAGUCACUGGUCAAGAAAAAAAGGCAUUAUUGA